GAUUCAUUUGACCAAACACUUAUCCUUUCAGACUAAAUGUUGGGUACACUUUUUUUAAACUAGGCGUCAUUUUGAUCUCGUGAUAGGAGGAAAUAAAAAGUACUGGGCUGUGGUUCGCCACAGUUUGUCACUGCCAAAACAAGUGGACAUACAUUACACAGGGUGGUCUAAAGGGAAAAUCAACAUGGACUUAAGAGCUGGCUUCGUUGUUUUGCUGUGCUUAAUGGGACUCACCUGUGCAGAUCCAGUCAAGUACAUCGAUUGUGGCUCAUCCGCAGGCAAAGUGACCAUUGUGGACAUUAACCCUUGUGCCACUCAGCCUUGCCAGCUCCACAAAGGACAGUCCUACAGUGUUAAUGUGACCUUCAAUAGUGCUGUGGUGAGCAAGACAAGCAAAGCUUUAGUCCAUGGCGUCAUCGGCGGAGUUCCUAUCCCCUUCCCAAUCCCCAUCCAGGACGGCUGCGAGUCUGGAAUCAAGUGUCCCAUCCAGAAGGAGGAAGGCUAUCACUAUGUGAACGCUCUGCCGGUCAAGACGGAGUAUCCUGCGAUUAAGCUCGUAGUGGAGUGGGAACUGAGAGACGACAGCAACCAAGAUUUGUUCUGCAUCAAGUUCCCAGUGCAGAUUGUCAAUUAGGAGAUCUGCACAUCUUGUUGUUUCUUUUAAGGGAAUGUGACUAGUAAAAAUAAUGACUACAAUAAUGAUUCUACAGAAAGUUCUUGUUUUAUUCACUUACCAAAUUGAUUUUAUGAUUCAUAUCUCUUUGCCAUGUUUGACUGCACGGCACCUUUUUUCUGUUUAAAGUUGUGGCCGUGGACAAAAUUGCAGUCAACAUUAAUUCAGAAGCCACAUUUCAUAUGGUGCAAAUGUAUUAAUGGCUGCUAUUUAGUCUGAAUUUACACUGCAAACAUUUCUGGAUGCUACAGUAACACUUUUGUAAUUUCUUGCUAUCUUUGCUGUGGGACACAAACUUUUCGACAUUUUUAAUGAAAUGGUAAAAAUAAAUAAUUAUUUUCA